UCGGAGACGCACGCACGCGCCUCUUAAGUACGUUAAACCGCGCUCGAAACUUACGAAUUGUGACAGUGACAUGGUUUUGUGCUCUAAACGGAUUACGUUACGGUGUCAUUGAAAACGUUGCGUUGGAGGUGCGCUGCAAGUGCGGUGAUGCGCCGCGCGCGCCCGCGCUCCACACAUGCAUGCCGCCCGCGCACCAGGUGUGGUUGUGAUGAGAUGGUGGUGUACGGUGGCGCUGCUGGCGCUGUCCGCGGCUCCACGCCGCGCCGCGCCCCGCGCCGCCAUCGGUUACCAGAUGUCGCGCAAGUCGUGUGCGGUAGGCGGGGCGCGGGGCGCAUGCAUGUGGGUGCAGGAGUGCAAUCGAGUCGGUGGAAUACACGCCGGAGUUUGUGUCGAUGGCUUCAUGUUCGGUUCCUGCUGUCGAUUGCCGGACAAACCUAUUCUCAUCGAAGAACCACAAAAUCCUACAACUAUAACCGACCGACCGUACGCAGCGCCAUCAAGCGCCGCUACCACGCAACCGCCCGAGACAACACAAGCAUCACCGCGGCCAACAUCGCAAACACAGCGGCCGUCGUUUAUGACGAAGCCGAUAGAUGGCGCACCUUCAUAUAACUAUAGACCGCCAGAAAUUAAUUUACCCUCAUUAAGCCUAGAAUCAAGUAGCGAACAAAAUAGUGAUAUAGUUAAUAAAAUACCAUAUAACAAUGUAAAUAAGUAUCAAAAUGUAAAUAGGCCAAGCGGCGAAAUGGAAACUAGUCCCCAUAACAAAAUUUCGUCUAGUCUUAGCAUAUUGGCCGGCGCGCGGCCCAUGGCGGUGUCGGAGCAACAUCCAGACAACAGUAUUAGUGGAGCGCACAUGAUGUCUCGACCUAACAAUGCGAACACCCACUGGCAGGCAACAACGGAGCCGACCUUCGUGACCAAAACGCGACCUGGCAGCUGGGAGAAACCUGGCAAGCCAAAGCCGACCAAGAAGUUUACUACGACUACGGCUAAACCACAUAAAAGUCAUAAGCCUAAAGACCCCACGCUUAAUAUCAUUAAAAUGGAUGAACCAACACCUCCUCCUAUCCAAACUACAGCUGCUACUGAUAGCGUAGAGUGUGGUGUGACGGCCAUGUGGCCGCGUCCCGAGACGCGCAUCAUGGGUGGCCAGGAUUCCAGCUUCGGGCGGUGGCCGUGGCAAGUCUCUGUCAGAAGGAAUUCCUUCUUCGGAUUCUCGUCUACCCACCGUUGCGGUGGGGCCAUCAUCAAUGAAGGAUGGAUUGCCACAGCAGGGCACUGCGUUGAUGACUUGCUGACGUCACAAAUAAGAAUACGUGUCGGCGAAUAUGACUUCUCGUCUGUAUCCGAACAAUAUCCCUUCGUGGAGCGCGGCGUCGCUAGGAAAGCGGUACAUCCAAAGUACAACUUUUUCACAUAUGAAUACGACCUGGCGCUCGUGAAAUUGGAUUCACCUGUGCAGUUCGCGCCUCAUAUAUCGCCCAUUUGUCUGCCCGCGACUGAUGACUUAUUGGUUGGUGAGAAUGCGACGGUCACUGGAUGGGGACGACUGUCAGAAGGCGGUGUGCUACCUUCGGUGUUACAAGAGGUACAAGUCCCGAUACUGUCGAACGAGCGCUGCAAGUCGAUGUUCCUGCGCGCGGGACGACACGAGUUCAUCCCGGACAUAUUCUUGUGCGCGGGACACGAGAGAGGGGGACAUGAUUCUUGUCAAGGAGACUCCGGAGGACCGCUACAAGUCAAAGGAAAAGAUCAGAGAUAUUUCCUAGCCGGCAUCAUAAGUUGGGGCAUCGGUUGUGGAGAAGCGAACCUACCCGGAGUCUGCACUAGGAUAUCUAAAUUUGUACCCUGGAUAUUACAGACAGUAAGCUCGUAAAGUGUUUUAAGUGUUGAACAAUAUGUUUAUGAACAAAUUUAAUUCAAAACGAUCGAACUAACGACAAUGAUACAGUGCAAGUUACCUUCAAAAAUGUUGAUACAUUCAACGUUUUCUGAGGCGUUUUAUUUAUGGAACAGUCUUAGGGUUGCCAAAUUAAAGACGAUCAAAUCAAUAUCUACUUUGUUGAAAAGACCCAAAACGUUGCUGCUGAAGCAGCUCUAUUGGGUGCCAAGUAACUAGAAUAUUUCGUGUCAAACGAAGAAGUGGCAGCCCUAAAUUUACCGGGAAGCUAUGCAGGACUUGCUGUUGCAAUGCUGCAUAAGCUUUAAUACGGUUCAGUAAUCAGGCUUGGACCUAUAAUAAACGCCCUUACAAUCCCAGCUUAUAUUUCAAUACACGCUAUAGUUUUAAGAUGUAUUUGCAAUUUUUUACAACUUUUGUAAAUAUUAUUUGUGUAUAUUACCUGUAGCAUUCGUUGCAUUAUAUUUGGCUCGUUCACGUAUCAACACGUGUUGCCGGUCCAACGGUCUGACGUCGACUGACGCCCCCUCUCACCGGCAUGUACUUAUGGCGUGUACGCUCGAGACAAACACUACAUGCAUACACUACAUUACCUAUUUUGUAAAUAUAUUUUUGUAAUUAUAAAUACAAAACAGGUAACUGUAACAAAAGAUUAAUAUAAUUUUAUUUAGUUUAAUGCCAAUGCAUUUAAGUUGUAAAUAUUUAAAAAUUGCAAUUUUUCUUGCCUUUUAGAUAUUCUUUUACAGUAUUAUUUAUUUGUUGUUUUCGAACAACAAACGAUUUUGUAAAUAAAAUGAUUAUUUUUAUCAGUUUCUAAUACUCUGUACAACUGCGGAUCGUAGAGCGUCGGUGGCUCAGGGGUCAAGCACUUGACUUGCAAUCUGUAGGUCCUGGGUUCGAAUCCCGCCAUGUACCAAUGUGUUUUUCGAUUUCCGAUUUACAUAUGUACAUUUAUCCGACAUUCUUACGGUAAAAGAAAACAUCGUGAUGCAACCCGCACAUAUCUGAAAAGAAAUUCGAAGAUAUGUGUGAAGUCAACCAACCCGUACUGGGCCAGCGUGGUUGACUAUGGCCUAGUCACCCUUGAUUUAGGGUAGGCUCCUAACCCUGAGCUGAUGAGCGAAUAACAUCGUUUGCAUAGUUUUUGUAUAGUUUAAAAAAUAUCUUUUAUAACAAUAAAAUGCUUUGUAUUUAUUUGCAAGUUUAAAUGUAACAUGUUAUCUUUAUAUGUAUUUAGUAUAGUUUAAGUUUUUCAUAAAGUUUAAAAAAAUAGGAUAGUUUUAGUUUAAUUAAAUAAUAUUGUGAAAUGAAAUUACCAAAUCGCAGUUUGUUGAAACAUGAAGAGCGUUUAGUUUGUAAUUUAUUAUAUUAAUAAAGUGAUGUUUAUUACUAAUGUAUAUUUUAUUAUAAUUUUGUUUGAAUGAAUAGUUUAUAAUAACGUUGAUUAUAUUGUUUGCACAUAACUGUAUUGUUAAAUAAUUAAAUAUCGAAACGAUUU